AUGGUUAAGCUACGCCUCUUGACACGAUUCUCUGGGUUCUCCGGUCAGCUACAGGCGGGCUCUUUGCUCGAAGUGGGUGAGUCUGAACUUGCUCUCGGUAAUCUUAGCGCUUUGCGUCUUACUGCGCUAAAACAAGCUCCUACGCCAACCAAUUCUGCAGAAUUACAUCGCAUGUGGAUUUUUCGUCCUCAUGCAGUUGAGAGUAUGCACCUUGCUGUGGUGCUCGAUGCGGCUGAUCUCAAAUGCGGGGUUCCGUUGUACGUGCAAAGCGUCCGUCUUUCUCAUGAAGUGACGGAUCGCAUAAUUUUCGAUUGGUUUACAGAACACAGUGCGCCUCCUACGUGCGUGUUAUCUACGUUCGUACGAAAGGACCAUCCCUCACGGAAGCGUACGGUCUAUUUCGCACAGGAUCAGGCACCGACUACCUCGGUCACAUCCCAAGAUAACCCUCUUCGUGAGACCACGUUUCCAUCUCCAGACGAUGGCAUGGAAGAGGCUAAUCGUUUGGCGGCUAACCCUACAUUGACACCAACCCUAGACCAGAACCCAUCAUUCGAAGGAUCUAAUACGUCUUACUCUUCACGAUUUGUAUCAUCUCUGAGAAAAUUCAUACGUCAGUUGCCGCCUGAUACUGCGUUGGAUGAUAUCACGACCCAAACAACCCCACGUCUUCUGGCCCAUGUAUCACUUCCUCCCCCUUCUAUGACAUCGCUAUGUCGGACAGGGCUGACAGUUAAUGACUCAGACGACGACCCUCCUCACCAGAGUGUGACUCCACUACAUAUAUGA